UCACUUCAAACGAAUAUACACUCGACGAUAAUGUUUUCCAAUGAAAUGGUUUUUAUCAAGAUUCUUUUCACUUGAUAAACCGUUUCCGACUAAUCACUUCAAGAUGAUGAUAAUAGCGGGUUACUGACGUUACCGUGUUCCCAUUUCUCACUUUUGUUCGUUUAUACUCGCUGCGUUGUUAUUAACAAUAAUAAUUAAAACAUGACUUAGCGGUGAUUCAGUUUAGGUCGUUAUUAAUGCUCAGUAAUUAAACGGUUUUAGUUGUGUGCGAAGUGUUAAAAUGUCGGGAAUUUCGGGAAUGGAACAGCUGAUCGGGACGGUGAACAAGUUGCAGGACGCUUUCACCCGGUUGGGGAUCCAGUUGACCCUCGAUCUACCGCAGAUCGCGGUCGUGGGCGGACAAAGUGCCGGGAAAAGUUCGGUUUUGGAAAAUUUCGUCGGGAGGGAUUUCUUGCCAAGAGGAUCAGGAAUAGUCACUAGGAGACCGUUGAUUCUGCAACUGAUCCCUGCUAAAUUCGAAUAUGCCGAGUUUCUGCAUAAGCCCGGUCAGAAAUACUCCGAUUUCAACGAAGUACGCAAGGAAAUCGUCGCUGACACCGAUAGGGUCACUGGGAAAAACAAAGGAGUGUCCAACCUCCCUAUUAACUUAAGGGUGUAUUCCCCCAAUGUUUUAAACCUGACCCUAAUAGACCUCCCUGGAAUGACCAAGAUCCCGAUAGGAGACCAACCUCCCGAUAUAGAGAUCCAAAUCAGGAAAAUGAUCCUGGAGUACAUCAAGAGGGAGAGUUGCCUGAUAUUAGCAGUCACUCCUGCCAACUCCGACUUAGCCAACUCAGACGCUUUGCAGAUCGCUAGAGAAGUUGACCCCAAUGGUUUUCGAACUAUUGGGGUCAUAACGAAGCUGGAUCUAAUGGAUCAAGGGACGGACGCAAGGGACAUAUUGGAAAAUAAACUGUUGCCCCUCAGAAGGGGUUAUAUCGGGGUCAUCAAUCGGUCCCAGAAGGAUUUGGAGGGCGGAAAGGAUAUUCGGGUGCAAAUACAGUUCGAACGGGAUUUCUUUUUAAGACAUCCAGCUUACUCGCAUUUAGUAGAUCGGAUGGGUACGGAAUACCUGCAAAGGACGUUGAACUUGCAAUUAGGCAACCAUAUAAGGAACACCCUUCCAAGCCUCAGGGACAAACUGCAAAAGCAACUGCUGGAGUUGGAAAAGCAACUGGGGGACUUUAAGAAUUACAGAGCGGAUGAUAGGAACCUCAGGACCAAAGCGCUUUUACAGAUGGUGCAAACGUUCUCUCUGGAAUUCGAAAAGGCCCUGGAAGGUUCCAGAUCGAGCGAGAUCAACACGAGCGAGUUAUGCGGCGGCGCCAAGAUAAACUCACUGUUCCACGAACGAUUUCCCUUUGAAAUCGUUAAGAUGGAGUGGAACGAGUUCGAAUUACGUAAGCAGAUCGCCAUCGCCAUUUGCAACAUACAUGGCAUCAGGAUCGGUCUGUUCACCCCUGACCUCGCUUUUGACGCUAUAGUAAAGAAGCAGAUCGAAAGACUGAAGGAUCCUUGCAUCAAAAUCGUGGAUCUCGUUGUAGCUGAGCUGUUGAAUAUCAUUCACUUGUGCACGGAAAGGAUGUCUCGCUAUCCACGUUUGAGAGACUUAGUUGAAAGAAUCGUCUCUUCGAACCUCAGCAGGUUCGAGCAGCAGUGCAAGGAUCAAGUGCUGCUCUACGUCGAUUGCCAACUAAGCUACAUGAACACCAACCACGAGGACUUUAUAGGAUUUGCCAAUGCAGAGAACCAGGCGGAGAAACAAAUGAGGGCCGGCACCAGCACCGCCCCCGGGAACCAAACGAUUCGAAAGGGAUGGAUGAACGUACAUAAUCAGAGCGUGAUCAGGGGGGCGAAGGACUUCUGGUUCGUCCUCACGUCUGAGAACUUGGCCUGGUUCAAGGACGACACCGAGAAAGAGAUCCAGUACAUUUUGCCCUUGAACGGGGUCAAGGUGAGGGACGUGGACUCGAAAUUUAUGUCCAGGAGGCAUAUUUUCGCCCUGUUUUAUCCUAACGGGAGGAAUAUUUAUAAGGACAACAAGCAACUUGAGUUGAGUUGCAUUACGCUAGAAGAGGAGGACACUUGGAAGGCCUCUUUCCUUAGGGCUGGGGUGUACCCAGAAAGAGAUAAAGACACGCAGAGUGAGAGCGAAGUGGAGAGCAAAGAGGAACAGGAUCCUCAACUGAAGCGACAGGUCGAAGUUAUACGUAACUUAGUCGACAGUUACAUGAGCAUAAUCAACAAAUCAGCCAAAGAUUUAGUACCAAAGAUAAUUACUUACAUGAUCCUCAACUGCACCAAGAAAUUCAUACAGGAGGAGCUGUUGGUACACAUUUAUUCGUCGGAGAACCAGGAUUCUCUGAUGGAGGAGUCUGUGGAAGAGUUAAAAAAGCGCGAACAGAAGAUGCAAAUGUACGAGGCGUGCAAGGAGGCCCUGAGUAUCAUCGGCGAAUGUUCCGUGUCGUUUUCUUCGCAGAUGACACGCUCCGAUUCGUACAAUCAACCCUCGAACUAUGCCAAUACCGCUAAAGCUUCAGCCGAGAUGAAGAAACUGUAUCGCAUGUCCACACCAGUUCCUGCCGUGAAUCGGCCCGCACCUCCUCCCCCGCCAGGUGUUCAGAGGUAUAAAAGUACGAAAAAUCUCGUACCGGACGUUUAUAUCUUUUCUGUACCGUAAAUUAUCAAAUAAUCCUUAACUAAAUCAUAAAAAAUAAGUAAGUACCAUGUAACUGUACCGUUAGAUGCUUGUCAUGUACCCAAAAAACACUUUUCGAUUCAUCCUGUACGUCUCUAACCCAAUUGAGCAGGUACCAAGGCACCCCAUUUUUGACACGCCAUCUCACGUUAAAAAUGACAAUUAUUAUUAUUAUUAUCAGUCCGUCAAGUGACUCCUGGAUUCCCGCAAAGCCUUUGACUACCUAAAUAUUUUUAAAACAGUGUAAGAGUGAGAGGUGCUACCCUGCCGAGCUAUACAGAUGACACAAGCUCGCUCUUGACAAAUCUCGUGUCAGUUCGUGUCAAACCUGUCAUAAAAUUCGCGGGAUGAAUCCAGAAGUGUUUCGUCACUUGUCCAUUGUUCCAGAUUGCAUGUUUGUCCUUGUUUUAUCAAUUAUUACUUCGUUACAACAGUUAGGGCUUGUUUGGUGGGGCAUCUGAGCACCCGAGAUCUCAGACAAUAUGUAUAUUUGUAAUAAUUUGAAAUGUCAUACUUGUUAAUAAAAUUUGUUUUUUUUUUUGUUAUUUA